AUGUAUAUCCCAUUACAAUUUUCCCCCAUAAUGUUAAAUGAUCAAUUAAAACAAAAUUGUGAAAAGUAUUGGACAUUGAAAGAUAGCAAUAAUAAUUAUUCAGCCUCAGCUGAGAAUCAAUAUGAUCAGAGAUUAGUUUCAUUCAUAGCAUCGAAAGGAUACCAAUGUCUACGUCAAGUGCAAAAUCAAUCGUCGGAGAAUGAUAGUAGGGAAGAACAAUUUGAGAUGAAUGACAAAUCAAUAGACACAACGGUUACAGAGACUAAUUGUAAUACAACUCAUACCACAACUACUAUAACUACUACUGCUAAUAACAAUACUAAUACUAAUGCUCCCGUUGAAACUACUGAUAUUGUAAAUAGUAAUAUAACAAGUAAAAAUACUCCUGCCUAUCAUACACGAUCAUUAAAAUGUAAAAAAUCGGAUAAAUCGUUACAAAUAAUGAAUGAAAUAUGUGUACUGCCCGAUCAUUUGAUAGACACGACACAUAAUGGUCAUUGUACAUUGAACAACAAUAGGCAUUGUUUAAGUGACAAUUCUAGGAGGAGUAAUAAUUUAAAAAAUUCAAAAAGUUGUGAAUAUAUCUGUAUACCGCAUAUAAAUCAUUCAUCAUCUCCGCCAGUAUCAUCGAACAGGAAGAAUCGUGAUAAUACAUCGCCAAGAUUAGACGCAAAUGUUGCCAUAUUUACCAAUCCCAAUGAUACACAUAAAGAUCCCUGGAAUUCUCUUCUUCAAACAAACAAAGCGACCAGAUCCCUAUUCGACUCGCCGACCACAUCAACUGUGACAACAUCUCAACAAACUGCUCAAAUGCUAAAUUCAAACAAUACACCAACUACAUCAAAACCUUCAGAUUACUAUACAAAACUUCAACAGAUCAGUAAUAAUAAUAAUACUAGUAAUUUACAAGAAAAAAUUAAAAGUAAUGCUAAACAUUUAAAUUCAUCUAUGAUUUAUUUUAAUAAUUCAAAAAAUACUGAAGAUUGCUAUUCUCAUUAUCAGGCGCCACCACCUGUAUCCUCUUGUAUUCAAUCAACUGAAGAAGGAAAGAAUCAAUCGAAUCAAUCAAUAACACCUAUUAAUCUUAUUGAUUUAAUGAAUGAUAAAUGUGGUGUUAAUUAUACAACAACAGUGUGUAAAUGUGGUGGUACAAUCAAAGAUAAGACCCCCAAUACAUCUAAUAAUAAUAACAGUAAUGAUAGCAAUACAACUGAUAAUAUUACUAAUAAUAGUAAUCAUGAUAAUAAUGGUUCAGUGAUACAUAUGAUCAGUAAUCACCGUCAUCAUCACCUCCAUCAUAAUCCUCAUCAGCGUAAUGCUCAACAUCAACAUCAAUAUGAUAAUUCAACGAUUCCAACUGAUUUUGUUUGAAUUAACUAAUUUAACUGAAGGAAUGACCUUGGUGCUAUUUAAAAACUGACAAAUAUAUAUGUAUGUAAACAUAUUUAUACACUUUGUAAAUUAUGAGAAAUAGAUACUAGAAGAUUUUUAAAACAGUUAACAUAACAGUUGUACACACAUGUGCACAUACACACUCACAAGAAAACACACGCACACUCAAACACAAAUGCAUUCACUAACAC